CUCGCCCUGCUCUACAAACCAAAAUGGCCGAACAGCAGCAUAUUGAACAGUCACCUUCGCACUCUGCUGAGGAUGAUGAAAACGCAGAGUUAUUCUCUGCGGUUCUCUCGACGCUUGACAAAGAGUAGUUGCCCCCUGCUUGCGAGCACCAUUCUACAGCGCCUCCAACCACUAUAUCAAACCGUUAAUGCGAAACUCUCAGUCGGCGAGCCUCUGUAUGGAUCUUACCACGUACUCUUCCCGUUGACCUUUGAUGAUAUCAGCCUGCGCUUGGUCGUGAAAAUCCCCAUUAACGGCACGGCAAGCAAAUGGGAUGAGAUGUCUGCCUCAGCCCUGACCUCUGAGACGAACACAAUGCGCCUCUUGAAGCGCGAGACCACCAUCCCUCUACCUGAUGUUUUGGACUUCUCCUCGACCACGCAAAACACUCUCCGAUGCCCUUACAUUAUUAUGGCUUUUAUUUCCGGAGUCCCUCUGCAUGAUGUCUGGUUUGGACACCGUCUGAACGGCGCCAGCCUCGGAACCACCCGUUUACGCCGAAUUCGCGCCCUCGAAAGCACCGCCUCGGCAAUGAUGCAGCUGGACAGGUUCUCAUUUCGAGCCGGUGGCCGUCUUCUCCUUGACAGCGAUGGCAACCCAUCUGAUAUCGGGCCUAUGCGACAAGUUGACCACAAAGCUAUGCUAGACCGAUGGUUCGUCCAUAACGACCCAGACGAUGACCUCAUAUACAUCGAGUGUGCGCCAUCCAGCGACCCCAAAGCACAAUACACCCUCAUGCUCGACAAGCACCCCGAACAGAACCAGGUCUCCAAGGGUCUCGCGAUGCUCUUGCGCCAGCUGAUCAGCUGGAUCCCUGAGCCUGAGCCCAGUGAAAUGGACCCCUUCGUCCUUGCACAUCCAGAGACUGACAUCCAGAACUUCAUCGUAUCUGAAGAGGGCGAGCUCCGAGGUGUCAUCGAUUGGGAUGAGGUCGCUGCUGUGCCCCGUACCCUUGGUAACGAGAGUUAUCCCGGGUGGCUCACGCGCGACUGGGACCCGGCUAUGUACGGAUAUCAGGAGUCUAUGGAACAUGGAGUGGAACCAGAAGGUGCGUGGGAAGAUUCGCCCAAAUCGCUCGCCUACUACCGUGGCAUCUAUGAUGGCAUAAUGGCGAAGCAUCGUAUGGAGAGAAGAGGAUCUGAAGCCAACUUCUGCCGAAUGUCUCUUAUUACGGAAAACCUAGCCAUUGCGGUGGAUGCUCCGCAGUGCCGAGAUCCAGUUCUGCACAAAAUGAUGCACGAAAUAUGGGCUGCUGCGGGACGAGGUCAGCAGCUGGAUUACACGGAGCUAGCCGAUAUGUUCGCCGAGAGCAAGGUGGAUGACAUGGUGAUGGAGACGCUUCAUAGGGGCUUUAAUAUCCUUCUGUCGAAGGAAGGGUUAUGGGGUGCGUUUGAUUACCAUCACGCCCGAUAUAAGACCACUCACAGCACUCAUUGAAUGUUGUCCUUUUCCUGUUCAUUCUGAUACUCGAGAGCGAGCCCAAGUUAUCGCAACCGUAUUGCAAACCUCAGUUGUUUGGGAUUUUCUCCCUCAUGCAUCUUGCCUGAGAAAGAGAGUUAGCCAGUCAUGGGCCUUAGGACGCCUUCUUGUUGUCUCUCUGUUGGUAAGGGGCGCAUGGUCAUGUCGGCAGCGGAGUUGUACACCAUGUAGUAUCUACGGGCAUAGAACAUUCAUAGGAACGAAUCGUUAG